AUCGAAACUGAACUUGUAAAAUGUGAUCCAAACGAAAGUGUUUGAAUUCUCCUAUGCAUUCUCCAUCAACCCUCAUUGCACCAUUUUACCCUUUUCGUGUCUUCUCAUAUUUCUCCUCACACCCACACCGUCUUUGGUCUCAACGCCUCUAACCUUAUAUUCUCAUAUCCACCCACAUAAUCAUUCUCACCUUCUUCGCAGAUCACGCACUCCUUUGGGAAUACAAAAAGGAAAGUCUGGUUUUUGGUUCGUGGGGUGGUUUCGAAAUGGCCUCAUUCUCGGUCCCAUGCCCCAAGUGCCCUUCUAUUUCAUCUCCCUCUCCUGGGUUCAAAUCCCAACUUGUUCCAUUUCAAAGUGGGUUAGGCUUCAAGCCUUUUCUAUCAUUCAGAUCUUUGCCUGCUGAAUCUGCAUCAUCUAGGAUUCAGUGUGCUAACAGGAAGCAAUUUUCUGUUCUGAAGGCUGCUAAAGUUGAAAAUUCUAAUUCUAAUUCUGCCCCUGUAACUGUCAAAGAACCUAAUGUUGCGUCAUCAAAAGAAAAAGAUGUGCCUAAUGGAAAACACUCUGGGGGCACUGUAGCAGAUGAAGCUUCAAUUACUGCAUUCAUCUCUCAAGUUUCAGACCUUAUAAAACUUGUUGAUUCAAGAGAUAUUGUGGAACUUCAACUUAAGCAAUCAGAUUGUGAGCUCAUGAUUAGAAAGAAAGAAGCACUGCAGCCUCCACCGGCCCCAGCAUCACCACCUCCGAUGCACUAUGCUGCAUUCCCACCACCGCCGCCAGCAGCACCUGCAGCUGCUCCUACUAGCUCCCCACCUCCAAAAGCAGUGCCUGCCUUACCUGCCCCUGGAAAAGCAAGCUCAUCUUCUCACCCACCGCUGAAAAGUCCAAUGGCAGGAACUUUCUACAGGAGUCCAGCACCUGGUGAACCGCCAUUUGUCAAGGUGGGCGAUAAAGUGAAGAAAGGUCAGGUUAUUUGCAUUAUUGAGGCUAUGAAACUGAUGAAUGAAAUUGAGGCUGAUCAGUCAGGAACAAUAGCUGAGAUAUUGAUUGAGGAUAGCAAGCCAGUCAGUUUAGAAACGCCUCUUUUUGUAAUAGUUCCAUGAGUACCAGAAGGGAACAUUCUUCGAAGAUGAAGUGAAAUCUCCCUCGUUGGAUAGCAUGGUAUUGAAUGACUUCGAUUUUCAGUUCAGAAAUUUUAUGAGUGAUAAUUUCUCAUUUGAGAAAUCCUUGCCUGCUUAAGCCCCCACCUCUUCUCUUAAUCUGUUGAGAUAUUUUGGACAUAAAGCUCCAGCAUAUCAGAAUGAACAUUAUUGGACAUUUAGUUCUUUGCAGUUUUGACAUUUGUCGUAUUAUUAUUAAUGUUUUCUUUCUUCUGUUUUUUAUGGGACCCUCUUUCAUGCUGUAUAAACCUGCUGGAUGGAUUUUUGUGUUAAAAGUAAUUUGCUAUAGAUCUUUCUAUGGUCA